GGACCAAGCAGCAGCACACCCUGGUAAAUGAUGUAUUUCUAUCUCCUGGCCCUCGUCCUCUUGCACUCUGCCGCCGGCUUUGUGAGUAUCUGCAUCCACACUCACUCUUAGAUCAGUUAGAUCAGUUAUUUAUUUCAUGUCUUCCAUAACUCCUUAGACACCCACACUCACACUGAGAUCAGUUAUUAAUUGUAUGUCUCCCUUAUAUACCUACACUCACACUCAGAUCAGUUAUUAAUUGUAUGUCUCCCCUAUAUACCCACACUCACACUCACACUUAGAUCAGUUAUUAAUUGUAUGUCUCCCUUAUAUACUCACACUCACACUUAGAUCAGUUAUUAUUUGUAUGUCUCCUUUAUACACCCACACUCACACUUAUGUCAGUUAUUAAUUGUAUGUCACCGUUAUACACCCACACUCACACUUAUGUCAGUUAUUAAUUGUAUGUCUCCCUUAUAUACUCACACUCACACUUAGAUCAGUUAUUAAUUGUAUGUCUCCCUUAUAUACUCACACUCACACUUAGAUCAGUUAUUAAUUGUAUGUCUCCCUUAUACACCCACACUCACACUCACACUUAUGUCAGUUAUUCAUUGUAUGUCUCCCUUAUAUACCCACACUCACACUUAGGUCAGUUAUUAAUUUCAUGUCUCCCUUAUACACUCACACUCCUUUCUGUUAUUCAUUUAAAGGGGAACUGUCCCCUCCCAGGAUUUGUAAUAUUAUAUUUACUGAGCCCUUAUAACUAAUAUAUUUGUAUUUGUGAUGUAAGAAAAUUAAAUUAAAUGUAGAAAUCCACCCCUCUUCAUCCUGUAACUAGGUGCCUCCAUCUUAGCUCCCUGUCAAUCAUUGUUAUAAGCUCUGCCCUUUACACCUGGCAGUCAGUAUAGAGAGAGCCGCCUCCAUCUUAGCUCCCUGUCAAUCAUUGUUAUAAGCUCCGCCCUUUACACCUGGCAGUCAGUAUAGAGAGAGCCACCUCCAUCUUAGCUCCCUGUCAAUCAUUGUUAUAAGCUCCGCCCUUUACACCUGGCAGUCAGUAUAGAGAGAGCCACCUCCAUCUUAGCUCCCUGUCAAUCAUUGUUAUAAGCUCCGCCCUUUACACCUGGCAGUCAGCAUAGAGAGAGCCACCUCCAUCUUAGCUUCCUGUCAAUCAUUGUUAUAAGCUCCGCCCUUUACACCUGGCAGUCAGUAUAGAGAGAGCCACCUCCAUCUUAGCUCCCUGUCAAUCAUUGUUAUAAGCUCCGCCCUUUACACCUGGCAGUCAGUAUAGAGAGAGCCACCUCCAUCUUAGCUCCCUGUCAGUCAUUAUUAUAAGCUCUGCCCUUUACACCUGGCAGUCAGUAUAGAGAGAGCAGCCUCCAUCUUAGCUCCCUGUCAAUCAUUGUUAUAAGCCCCGCCCUUUACACCUGGCAGUCAGUAUAGAGAGAGCCACCUCCAUCUUAGCUCCCUGUCAAUCAUUGUUAUAAGCUCCGCCCUUUACACCUGGCAGUCAGUAUAGAGAGAGCCACCUCCAUCUUAGCUCCCUGUCAAUCAUUGUUAUAAGCUCCGCCCUUUACACCUGGCAGUCAGUAUAGAGAGAGCCGCCUCCAUCUUAGCUCCCUGUCAAUCAUUGUUAUAAGCUCCGCCCUUUACACCUGGCAGUCAGUAUAGAGAGAGCCGCCUCCAUCUUAGCUCCCUGUCAAUCAUUGUUAUAAGCUCCGCCCUUUACACCUGGCAGUCAGUAUAGAGAGAGCCGCCUCCAUCUUAGCUCCCUGUCAAUCAUUGUUAUAAGCUCCGCCCAUUACACCUGGCAGUCAGUAUAGAGAGAGCAUACAAAGAGGAGGGGACAUGAAGCAAUGUUUCUAUUUCUUUCUAUUUGCUUCAUAUGCAUUGUGUGCCACAACUGUGCCAUGUCUGAAAUCGAUUAUAAUAUAAUUUACUAAAUCUUCUAUAUUAUUUGUAUUUAAUUUUUAAGUGGAUCACUUAAAAAAUAAGUUAUAGUUGAUUAUCAAUGAUUUAUUCAAUGGAAUGAGUACUCCUCUUUAAUGUGUCUUUCAUAGCGCGAUCAUGUACUAUAGUAUAUAGCGCUCCGCUACAGAAAGACAAACAAGCGGAGAUUAAACAUGGCUUUGGAUGUCACUGCGCCGUGUCUCGCUGUUAUGGGACUUCGUUUGGGGUUAAACAAGUGAAAUGCCUGCUGUACUCUGUGUCUGUGAAGUGUGUGGUCAUACUCAGUCUUGCUAUAGAAUAAGGCAGACAUUCUUGGUGGCGCCACUAGAGGGCGAGACUGAGGGUAAUUGGAACAAGAAACAGUGAUACAUUAUGUAACAUGUAUGAGCACGGAAUCGUAGUUCGGUAAACAAAUAUCGUAUUGUGUAGAAACCAUAAACAGUGAAUCUGAGAAAUGGAGGCUGCUAUCAACCUUCAACCUUUUUGUAAUAAUUUUAGUUAAACUGAUAGUAUAUACAACCUCUCCUGGGAUGCAAUUCUUUACAUCCACUUUUCUGCCUUGAUCUGUUUGCCCUGUGGUCUAUAAGACUCGGUAAGAAGACGGCAGUAAGGAGUAAGAGAGUUGAUAAAGUGCCGAGCUAUCAUAUAGUAGAAAGUGUACACACUCGAAGUGCUAUGGUGUUUGUGUAGAAAGUAAUUUCCUUCCAUUUGGCUUUGAAACCUGAUAAUUUAAUGUUCUGGGAUUUUCUGAUCCCAUGCUAAAAGCCAUAAUUUUCAUAAUUUCCAUCUAGCUAGUAACUUCCCGAAAGGCCCGAUAUAAUGUCCUUAGCUGACACGCAUACAGUUUCAGCGAGGAACUUGGCCUCCUCCAAAGCUCUGCUUUCGCACAAUGCAGGCUAUUUGUAUAACAGAAUUGGAGAUUUGUUUCAUUUUAAAUCUGUCCAAAUUUGGGUUGAUCCACUGAUCGUCUGAGUUCCAAAAACUCCAAGACAAAACAUAACCAAAUCACAAACCUAAUGAGACACACAAUGGACGAGCACGUCCGCUUUGAAUGAGAUCUCAAUUUCUGACGAUGGCGCCAAAUAAAGAGAAGAUUGAUGGGAAAAAGAUGAUUGGUGGUUAGGGUACAGUCUCUAAAUGUUCAUUUUAUUCACAGAUGACGUGAGAAGUGAUCAAUAGAAGGAAAAGAGUAGGAGCAGUAGAAACAUAUCUAUAUUUAUAUAUUAUAUCUUUAAUACACAUAUCAUGUAUUAAUUUUAGAACUAGAUUGUUCUUGACUGAUUUUCCUAUUUUUUCCACUUGUUAAUUUUUCUCAUUUGAUCUGUGAACCAAAUGUUGGGAUAAUGUGCCUAUCAUGUACUGUAAAAUAUAAACAAUAUAUGAUAUUAUGUAUCUAUUUUUCAGUACACUGCUUGGCCCAAUUUUGUGUCCUUUUGGUUUGUCUGAUUCGUUUUCCAAAUCUUUUUUCAUUAACAAAAGCCGAUCCACCAUAUAUCUGAAAUUCGUCUGACUUGAAAUGUUUUUUUUUUAUUUACAUUUUUUGCCUACGCAUAAGUCUACAGUAGAAUAGCCAAACUUAAUGUUAUCAAAAAUGUCCUAAGGUAUUACAAAGAAAAAAAAAAUAGGAACUUUGGUGAAAUCUUACCUGAUCCCUUACAACCUUGGACUCCAACGAGCUCAAUGCCAAGUCCAACAGUUUCUUCUUCAUUCACCUCCUCAGCUUGAGUCAAGACAGUUCAGUCAAAGAUGGGAGCCUCAUGGUGGGUAGUAUUCUAAUCAUGGCGUGCCUCCAUUGUAGCUAAGCUACAAUAUCAAAGUUCAGAGUAUUUCAAGUUGAUCAGUACUGUAAGAUAAUAAGCUGCAUCUGAAUAUUACCCUCUAAAGAGGACACCCCAACUGGAAUAGAUUGCUGAGGAAGUGAUAGCAGAAAAGGACGACACUGAAUUAUUGUCCUUAUCUAAAAAGGAAACAAUUUCAGAAAGCUGGUUCGUUGUCAUAUUGAUCCAUACUACUCUGCGGCAUCUACUUCUGCUAAAUUUAGAAGCAAAUAAAGCACCGCAUUUAAAAGGUGGACAUCUAGAGGACUCGUGACAGAAGAAAGAAAGAAAUGCUUGUGGUAGGUUGUAUCCUUGUCUAUAACAAAAUGUGUUGAAUUGUAUAGUGAUACUGAGUAUUUCUGCACACUUUCAGAGUUUUCUGUUGAUGAAAAAAAAUAUAUAUUGUCAAAUGUCUCUUUUGGAAAUAACUGGGACAAAAAAAAACAUUAUGAACAUUUACUGAACAGGUGCACAUUGAUCAUUAUUGUUUGCACAACUUUAAUCUUUAUAUGCACACAUUUUGUAGAUCUGGAAGUGUGUAGUAAUACAUUGCACCAAUUUACAGUUGGAAACGUCUUUGUUAUAAAUAUUGUUUAACUUACUACUGAGUGCAUAAUGUCACUGUCAUUAUUACAAUGGGAGGGACUGACCCUUAAACAUGUCACUGUCAUUAAUACGCUGUGACCCUGGGAGGGACCGACCAUUAAACAUGUCACUGUCAUUAGUACACUGUGACCCUGGGAGGGACUGACCAUUAAACAUGUCACUGUUAUUAGUACACUGUGACCCUGGGAGGGACUGACCAUUAAACAUGUCACUGUCAUUAGUACACUGUGACCCUGGGAGGGACUGACCCUUAAACAUGUCACUGUCAUUAGUACACUGUGACCCUGGGAGGGACCGACCAUUAAACAUGUCACUGUCAUUAGUACACUGUGACCCUGGGAGGGACCGACCAUUAAACAUGUCACUGUCCUAAACAUGUCACUGUCAUUAGUACGCUGUGACCCUGGGAGGGACUGACCCUUAAACAUGUCACUGUCAUUAGUACGCUGUGACCCUGGGAGGGACUGACCAUUAAACAUGUCACUGUCAUUAGUACACUGUGACCCUGGGAGGGAUCGACCCCUAAACAUGUCACUGUCAUUAGUAUGCUGUGACCCUUUGAAGGACCGACACUUAAACAUGUCACUGUCAUUAGUACGCUGUGACCCUGGGAGGGAUCGACCCCUAAACAUGUCACUGUCAUUAGUACGCUGUGACCCUGGGAGGGACUGACCCUUAAACAUGUCACUGUCAUUAGUACGCUGUGACCCUGGGAGGGACUGACCCUUAAACAUGUCACUGUUAUUAGUACACUGUGACCCUGGGAGGGACUAACCCGUAAACAUGUCACUGUCAUUAGUACACUGUGACCCUGGGAGGGACUGACCGUUAAACAUGUCACUGUCAUUAGUAUGCUGUGACCCUUUGAGGGACCGACCCUUAAACAUGUCACUGUCAUUAUUACACUGUGACCCUGGGAGGGACCGACCAUUAAACAUGUCACUGUCAUUAGUACACUGUGACCCUGGGAGGGACUGACCGUUAAACAUGUCACUUUAAAAAUUAAAUUUUGGACUAGGAACUAUUGAACAGGUUAACAAAUGUCUACAGCAAAUUACUUUAUAUUUUCUAUAUGCAGAGAAUUGGAUAUCAAGAUACGACCCCCAGUGAUCAACAGUCCAUUGGCUGGAAUAUUCCAUAUGACGAACUGCCUCAGCAAAUGAGACAUAAAGCAUUAAUGUAAACAUACAAUUUUCCCUCUCCCUUGUGUCCUGUCUCUUUCCCAUUUUCCUGUCUCUGUCUCUGUCUCUGUCUCAGGUGAGUUUGCUCCAUCCAGAAAUUGUAGAACUGUGUAUACGUCAUUACUUAUCUGUCUAUUCUUCCUCUACCAUUAUAUUCUCUAGUCCUGUAGUAAGUUACCAACCCACCUGUGUGCUCUCUGCAGACGUCUCCUAAUGAAAAGGAUGCACAGGAUCCCAAGCAGCGUGACAGAGGACCCAGAAGACCCCGAAGACUUGACUGAUGACGUGUGGGAAGACGAAUAUGACCAAGACAUGGUGAAGUGUCUGGAGCUGGUGAGAUGGACAGGAGAUAUAUCAAGAUCAGUGUUUUUCCUUUGGAGUUUGCCCAGAGAAGCAGUCCUCUCACCUGUUUAAAAGACAUUGUAGAAUAUUUAUUUACUGUGAUCUGUGAUCAUUGACAUGUGUGUGCGAGUUAUCUGAUAACUGUCUCACUUGGGUCAAUCCUUGAAACUAUGGCAAGUAAGACAGGAGAGUCCUGCAAGUUCAAGCUAUGAGUCGAAUUAUAUUAAGGUCUGGAUUUCGUAAUUUUAAUCAUUUUUUAUUGCCUGAAAUCUGUGGGAUGAAUCUGGGCAACUACAAGCUUCUCUGACUGGAUAUUAGAGCGAAUUCUCAAGAGAAUUGGUGAAUUGUGCUGUACUGGGGAACAAUCACAAGUUGUAGAUUUUACAGUCACAAUUUGUUGCAGAGUGUGAAAAUAAUACCUGAAAACUGAAAAAGGGGAAACAAAAUGUAAAUACAAAAACAUUAUCCCGAACAUCUCACUAGUUCAACCGUUAUGCAUUUGUGCAUGGAGGAAAAAGUUGGUUCAUCUAAAUCGAUUCAUCUGAAAAUCUGAUAAUUGUGUUUGGAGUGAUUUCGUCCCUGGGACAUUUUCGUUCGGUUUUUGGGAAAACUAUUUGGAUGAACCAAAAUGGUGAGAGUAUUAGUGUCAAUAAUUGUACCGUAAAAUAUAGUAAUAUAAUUAGUGUACUGUAAAAUAUUAUUUAAUGUCAACUGGCAUACCGUAAAUUAUAGUAAUAUAAUGUCAAUUAGUGUACUGUAAAAUAUAAUUAUAUAAUGUCUCUUAGAAUGCGGAAAAAUAAUAUAAUGUCAAUUAGUAUACCCUAAAAUAUAAUAAUAUAAUGUCAAUUAGUGUACUGCAAAAUAUAAUUAUAUAAUGUCAAUUAGUAUACCGUAAAAUAUAGUAAUAUAAUAUCAAUUAGUGUACUGCAAAAUGUAAUUAUAUAAUGUCAAUUAGUGUACUGUAAAAUAUAACUAUAUAAUGUAAAUUAGUAUACCGUAAAAUAUAAUAAUAUAAUAAUUAGUUUACUGCAAAAUAUAAUUAUAUAAUGUCAAUUAGUGUACUGUAAAAUAUAACUAUAUAAUGUAAAUUAGUAUACCGUAAAAUAUAAUAAUAUAAUAAUUAGUUUACUGCAAAAUAUAAUUAUAUAAUGUCAAUUAGUGUACUGUAAAAUAUAAUUAUAUAAUGUAAAUUAGUAUAACGUAAAAUAUAAUAAUAUAAUUAGUUUACUGCAAAAUAUAAUUAUAUAAUGUCAAUUAGUAUACCGUAAAAUAUAGUAAUAUAAUGUCAUUUAGUGUACUGCAAAAUAUAACUAUAUAAUGUCUCUUAGUAUACCGUAAAAUAUAAUAAUAUAAUGUCACUUAGUGUACUGCAAAAUAUAAUUAUUAUGUAUCUAUUGGACACUGAUAGGUGCAUUGUCAUGCCAUUUGUUUCACAGAUCAAGUAAGAAAAUGUAACCAACAGAGGGCAAAAAAGUAGGAGCAGUAAAAAAUCAAUAGUGUUUGUUUAUUUAUACUGCUCCCCUUUUUUUCCCCAUCGGUCACUUUCUCAUUUAAUCUGUGAAUAAAAUUAACACUUAGUGACUGUCCCCUAUGGCCGUCAAUCACCUAUUUUUCUCAUAAAUCAUAUUUUAAUUUUUUAUGCCAUGGACAGAACUCCAAAUCGCGAAACAAACAGUUUGUCCAUUGUCAUUUUGUUUAUUUUGUGAUUUUCCCAUGUGGUGUUUUGGAAUUUGAAAUUUCCAACACAUCGCUGAUCCCCCAACAUUUAGAUGAAUUGUAAUUCCUUUGAAACUAUACGCACAAGUCUAGUCUUACAAAGCUACAAAGUAUAGCACUUAGAGGAUGUGGAAUUCACAGAAAGAAAGAGUAAUAACCAGAGAACAGGUAUAUUAUAGAAACAUCGGCAAGGCAGAGUCAGUGAAACAAGAACUGAAAGAAAAAGAGAUAAGCGCCAUUAUGGUUUUUUUUUGUUUUUUUUACCAAACAAGCUCUUAUUAUGUAAGGAAUCUUCUGUGAGAGACAAAACUCUGGCGUGCGCCAAGCGUGCAUUGGCCUGGAUUGUACAGGAGUGUAUGGCGUGCGCCAAGCAUACAUUGGCCUGGAUUGUACAGGAGUGUAAUGGCGUGCGCCAAGCAUGCAUUGACCUGGAUUGUACAGGAGUGUAUGGCGUGUGCCAAGCGUGCAUUGGCCUGGAUUGUACAGGAGUGUAUAGCGUGCGCCAAGCGUGCAUUGACCUGGAUUGUACAGGAGUGUAUGACGUGCACCAAGCGUGCAUUGGCCUGGAUUGUACAGGAGUGUAUGGCGUGUGCCAAGCGUGCAUUGACCUGGAUUGUACAGGAGUGUAUAGUGUGUGCCAAGCGUGCAUUGACCUGGAUUGUACAGGAGUGCUAUCAUCGCCGUACAAUCACUUGCUAUAAGAAGAGCCUCCAUGAGUGAUCCUGAUUUCAUGGUACGCAUUAUUUGUUAGUCCUUGUGUUAGUGAGCACUGGUGACUCGGAGCUAUGUACUGGGCGCAGGACGAGAGAGCCAUGACAGGUGCUGAGAAGAAAGAAAACGUCACAAAUCUGCAACCACCACAACAAACGUUAUAAUGUGUCUGCCUUGUAUCUAUUUCCUCUGUAUGUUCUUAUCUUCUGGAAACCUCAAUAAAUUUCUAAUGUUUUCUGCUUGCAGUGUGCGUAUUGUAUGUCACAUGGAGACGGAUAUUCGAAUCCUGGCACCUGGGUCCAACAGGAUGUUCACAGAAUAUCCUUAAAUGCCACUAUUUUACACUGACGUUAGCAGUAACGUAUACGUUAUAGUGCUUUAUGUGUCCAUUUCAACAUUGUCUACAGUCCGUCCUACACGGCAGAGUCUGUGAUCUUAGUUUGGCUUUAUAAACGUGAUCUGAUAUAUUAUUGUAUGAUUGUUUCAUUUAUUCCCAGAGGUAAUUGAUUUAAUGUUCAAAAAUCAUUUGAAUGUAAAAGAAUCCGCAUUUGAAGACUGACAGUUUCUUUCAAGUGGAUAAGUUUAUAUAUAUAUUUUUUUUAAAUAUUUUUAAGUUUAAUUACCAUUCCCACCAGCUCUGACAUGAGUGCUAACUCACUGCGGUAUAUCCGAAGUUGUAAAAUGUGGGUUCUCUUGGCAGGUGACCCAAAAUGCUUCAGGAACGUUAAUGGGAAAAGAUCGAUGUGUGUGUGAGGUCCAGUUACCAGACAGCUCCUUCCCAGCCAAAAAAGUGGGUUUUUUGGAAGAUGAGACCAUUCGUUUAAGUAACCGAGUGGAACAUGAAAUGCAGAUGGUAAGUUGGACAUUACUGUAUUGAUGUCCCAGAUAAUGAGAACUAGACUGAUAACCCACCAUGUCUUCAAUAUGUCUAAAACAAUGAUUCAGCACUACCAGAGUCAACAACUCCUACCACACAAAAACCCUCUCCAGACCCGUGUUAUCGAGCGGACAUUUUCUGGUGGUGCUCGUCAGUUUGAUCACGAUUAGCUUAAUCCCAAUCAUUUUGGCUCAGUACCAUUGGGAGAACUAAGAUUUGAAUAUGGGAAGGAGGGUAGCGUCAGCAAAGACGAUGCUGGUUUAAUGUUAGUGAUAGAACGAUGGCUGAUAAUGUUGGGUUAGGAAAAAUCUAAUGAUAUGAUAAGAACAUUUUGUUUGUGUCAGUGUGUAAAAAUCCCAUCUUAGCUGAACAGUGCAGACAUAGGAGAGAUGGCAGAUUCAAAGGUGAAAUUUGUUUCCUUUUUAAUGUAUGGAAUAUGAAGUGUUACCAUGCAGUAUCUGAGCAUUGAGCAGAUCCUGGUAAAUCUGUUGUUUAGUAACCACUUCAGCAGUAGAUGAAUUAUACAGACUGCAGGGCAGCACUGUUCGUGCACUGCCUAGUAUGCUGAACAAAUAAUUCAGAUUUGGGUACACAAUUAUUGAAAUUCUUGUCUCUCGGCUUCUUUUGUCACCCUGCUUCUCAUUACUGGUCGGUUUGUCCCCUUCAGAUUGAGGAGCAGGAUAUCAGGAUGGAUUUGUAUUUGGAAAACCUCAUGAACCUCACUAAGAGGGUGGAAAAUUUGGAGAAGAUGCGCCCCGAGGAUCUGAUAGAGUUCAACUUUGAGCUGUUGAAGAAGGAGAUAAAAGAAAUGGAAAUAUUAAUCUUGGAGCUGAGAAAGAAGCAGAAAGGCACUCACGUGGAGAACCUGGACAUGGAGGUAAUUAUAUCUAUUGUCAGCACAGGAGGAAUAAUAUCAUCCAAGGAGGUGGCUGAGCCACAGGAAAGGGAUGGACGGGUGUAAAAGGUAAAAGGUCUUGCUUUGUCACCUGGUCCUUUAAUAAUCCCACUGUAUACAACUUCUUAUACACAGUGGGUGCCACCUACUUCCUUAAUAAUUCCGCUCUAUGCAAGUUCUCGAAGACACUGGGUGCCACCGGGUCCUUUAAUAACCCCCCUCUAUACAAGUUCUCAUAAACACUGGGUGCCAUCUGUUCCUUUAAUAAGCCUGCUCUAUUCCAAUUCUUAUACACACUGGGUGAAAGGUUUCACUCAUCCAUGUGGCUGUCCUCUCUGUAGGUCAGGAACAUCUCCAAGAUUGUCAACCAAUUAGAAACCCUGGACAAGAACAGUGUUCUUAAGACACAGAGGGAGAUGGAGUUGCUCAAAAAACGAAUCCUGGACUGCGAGAAGAAUCUAAAAAAUAUGAAGCCCACUGUUCCUAUACCCCUUGGUAAUAUUAACGUCCCACGAUGCAGAAUAUACAUUGAUAGGUUAUAUGAAGUAAUAUGAGGAGUUAUAUGGAGGGUUAUAUGGAGUAAUAGGGGGAGUUAUAGGGAGGUUAUAUGGAAUAAUAGAAGGUGUUAUAUGAGGAGUUAUUUGGAGUAAUAGGAUGAAUUAUAGGGAAAGGUUAUAUGGAAUUAUAGGAGGAGUUAUAGGAGGGAUAUAUGGAGUAAUAGGGGGAGUUAUAGGGAGAGUUAUAUGGAGUAAUAGCAGGAGCUAUAGGAAGGGUUAUGCAGAGUUAUAUGCAGUAAUAAAGGUAAUAUCAAGCAAAAGGAGGUGUUAUAUGAGGAGUUAUAUGGAGUAAUAGGAGGGGCUAUAGGGAGAGUUGUAUGGAGUAAUAGAAGGGGUUAUAGGGAGGUUAUAAGGAGUAAUAACAGGAGCUAUAGGAAGGGUUGUGAGGAGUUAUAUGCAGUCAUAGGAUGAGUUAUAGGGAGGGUUAUAUGAAGAGAACAUCAUAGAAAUAGGAGGAGCUUUAAUAUGAGCUACAUAGAGGUGAUAAAGAAGUAUAUAUUUAUGAAUUAAGUUAUGUAGUAUGAUGUGUUUUGUAGUAAUUGAGUCUGUGUUGCUAUCUAUGUUCAUUAACAUUAAUUUUCCAACUUGAUAUAAUUUAACUUUUUGUCACUUUUUCCUCAAGGAUCAUGCCAGCACCAUGGUUUGGCUCGCAUCAGCAAUCCAAACCUUCUGCAGAUGAACUGGAAAGGUUCUGGGUACAAAUACGGGGCCUGGGGCAAAGACGCAGCCUGGAAUGCCACCAAGAAGAUGAUGUAUUGGGUAGCCCCACUUAACGCAGAUGGCCGAAUACUAGAGUCAGUGCGAACAUAUCCAACUCUUUAUGACUUACAAAUGUACAAAAACCAGAUGGACUUGCCUCUUAUAACGACCAUUAAGAAUAAAGUGAACUACACCAUCGCUGGUCAAGGUUCAGGGAUGGUUGUAUACAACUAUAACCUGUACUACAACUGUUAUAACUCAAGAGAUAUGUGCAGAAUCAAUUUAAGUAGUGCUUUCCAACAGCGGAAAACCAUUCCGGGUGCAGUUUUCAAUAAUAAGUACUCCUAUUCUUCGUCCAGCUAUCAGGAUAUUGACUUUGCCUCCGAUGAGAAAGGCCUGUGGGUUCUAUAUACCACUGAGGAAAAUUCUGGUAAUAUUGUAGUGGGUAAAGUCAAUGUUGCCACCCUGACAGUAAAUAGCACCUGGACCACCACACAGUACAAGCCUGGUGUCACCAAUGCCUUCAUGAUCUGUGGUGUCCUCUAUGCAACCCGCUCAGUCAGCCCAAAGCAAGAAGAAGUCUUCUACAUGUUUGACACCAAGACAGGAAAAGACGGACAUAUCAGCAUCAUGUUAGAGAAGGUCACGGAGAAAGUGCAAAGUCUGAAUUAUAACCCGAAUGACCGCAAGUUGUACAUGUACAGUGAUGGGUUUCUGACAUCCUACGAUGUUUUUAUGAAACCUUGAGAUUUCGAUCUGAUGUUCUUCCUAUAAAGGUCUGUCCUGCCUUCUUUCAGGUCUUAGUUAUUCCCCUUGCUUAACCCAAAAUAAAUAAAUAUACACCACUGUAUUGACUUUUGACACUUUUUCCACUAACUUUCUUCUGAGUAUAAUUCUGGAGAAUAAUUUAAAUAAUCCCUUAUUAUGUUUUGCUUUUUUUAUAACAAGUCACGUAGAAGAGGUGCAACAAGCCAAACAAAUACAAUACUAACUUAGUUCUUUAAAAAAAAGUCCUUUUCAAUCUUUUGGUGGCAGAGAAUACUGUGGUAUCCAGUGGACGUAGCAACCUGCCUCUUGCCACUGCAGACAGAUCGAAAACAUGUAUUUCAAGGUUAGAUGAUAAGAUCUGCAUACAGUGCUGAGGUCCCCGAGUCCCCUGCAGGAGAAUAUUAUGACCCAAAUUCCUAGAUCCAGUUUGAGAUGCUCUCUCCGUAUAUUCAGCCUCUGUUUAAUAAAAUCUGUCUGAUUUAAUGGGUUCUUACAAAUCAUGUAAGUUAUAUUUACAAAUGAUUAUAUCAGAAAAAUAAAGUAAUUAUGUGAAAUA